GACAGAUAGUGCAGCUGCAGUGCAUGGAACGGAUAUGGCAGAUUCAGAAAAACGUAAACAAGAUGGAAUAUACGCCCCACGUGUCGGAGCUGCUGCCGGAACGCUUGUACCGCUGUGCGGACUGUGCUCACCAGGUCUUCAACAACUACAGCCACUACCAGCUGCACCUGCGGCAAAGGCACAAAGUGUUCCUUCCCAAGCCAAACAUUUCUGUAUUCUACUGCCCAGAGAAAAAGUGUAGAUACCAUGUCUCGGCAAUUGGUCGAGUGGAGGGCAAGAGCUUCUCCAGCCUACGCCUGGUCCGGCAGCACUAUCAAAAGAGCCACCUACCCAAAAACUACGAAUGUGUGCUGUGUGGCGAAAAGUUUCUGCUCGAACGUGAAGUGGAGAUGCACAAGUGCUUGGAGCACCAGUGUCCCGUCUGCCAGCUUACAUAUAGCAGCUCAUCUGCUCUGAGAACCCACAUGAGACGCAAGAAUCAUGUGUUGGACAAGAAUGCAGGGAAGGUAAAAAUACCUACACUCAGCACGUGGAAGAACUUGCACGAACCAACUGUUCCCCCUCUACCGCCCACGCCAGAGAGUUCCACGGAUGGAGCGGAGGCAAUCGCUUGGUAUUUGCCACCCAUGGACGUUCAGUGUGUGGUGCAGAUGCCAGAGGAGGCACCGCUGGAAAGGUUGAACAUAGAAACUCAAACAGAGUUCGAGGAUCUCAAGGAGCUACUAGUGCCUCCACUGCGGAACAUCGAAACCCAAACGCCAGAUGACAACUGGGAUCAGGGCACCAUCACCGACAUGACAAUGGCAGCGGCAACGGUGGUGCAGGAAACUCAAACACCGGAGGACAACUGGUAUCAGAGCACGAUGGACGAAAUUUCAACGGAACUGCGGGUGCAUGAGCAGACUGCAGCCACAACAGUUGGCCACAUCGAGACCCAAACGCCGGAGGAUAACUGGGAUCAGGAGGUGAUGACAAUGGUGGGGCAGGAAACGCAAACGCCAGACGAUAUCUGGGAUCAGGAAACGAUGAUCGAGAUGACACAGGUUCAGGCCGCUACUUCUGUGGGCCACAUAGAGACCCAAACGACAGACGACAACUGGGAGGAACACAUGGCGACCACUACAGUCGGUGACGGCUUUCCCUCCUAUCCCGAUAGCGAGCCCAUGUUCGGCGCGCAGACUUCGGCCAACAUGUACACCCAGACGUGUGACGAAUUGUUCGAGGAGCUGGGACUGUCGCACAUACAAACCCAGACCCAUUGGCCGGACGAUGGACUGUACAACACGCAGCAUACACAAACCUGCGACGAGAUGCUGGACGAGUUGCUGGAUAACUACACGUCCACAUGCACACAGACGGGAUGGCUGGACUGGCAGAAGAGCGAAGAGAACGACCGAUGAGCCCAGAAUCAGUUGUUAAAUGAAUAUAUCAAAACUUUAUUACAAAA